AUGAAGGCUGUCCUGAAGGCUGUGCAGACAGUGCACCCCUUCCAUGCCACAGGCAAGACCCCCACAAUGUGGGCUGAGUUUGACAAAUUUUAUGAAGACAACAGGCAGCUGGACGAUGCCCGUGUCAUCCUGGUGAAGGCCAUGAAGGUGAACUUCAAGCAGAUGGACUACCUGGCAAGCGUGGGGUGCCAGUGUGGGGUGCUGGGGCUGUGGCACGAGAACUAAGAGGAGGCACUGUGGUUUCUAAGGAAGGCCAUGGCACUGCCUGCCUGCCCGGCUGACUACUUCAACAGCUCAGAGCCCUUGCAGACACGUGUGUACAAGUCCCAUCUGUGGCCUAUGUUUGCCAACCUGGAGGAGAGCCUUGGCACCACACAGUCCACCAAGGUGGCAUAUGACUGCAUUCUGGACCUGAGAAUUGCCAUGCCCCUCACCGUUAUCCACUAUGCCAUAUGACUGGAGCCACGCAAGUAUUUCGAAGACAGCUUCAAGGUCUAUGAGUGUGGCAUCUUGCUGUUUGAGUGGCCCAACGUGUCUGACAUCUGGACCUACCUGGCCAAGGCCAUCGCUUGCUUUGGGGGCAGUAACCUGGAGCUGGCCCAGGGCCUCUUUGAACAGGCACUGGAUGGCUGCCCUCCCAAAUGCUGCAAGACCCUGGACCUGCUAUAUGCACAGCUGAAGGAGGAGUGGUGCAUGGCCCGGCACACCAUGGCUGUGUAUGAGUGUGCCACCCUUACUGUGGAACCUGCACAGCAGUACAACAUAUUCCACCUCUACAUCCAAAGGGAGGCCAAGCUCUACAGGGUCACGCAUACCUGCAGCAUCUACCAGAAGACCAUCACGGUGCUGUCAGACGAGCAUGCCCAGGAGAUGUGCCUGCAGUUUGUGGAGAUGGAGUGCAAGAUUGGGCAGAUAGACUGGGCCCGCGCCAUCUACAACUUCUGCUCACAGAUCUGUGACCCAAGUACAACCAGUGCUUUCUGAACAACAUGGAAGGAGUUCAAGGCAUGUCACAACAACGAGGACACAAUCCACGAGAUGCUGUGGGUCCGUCGCAGUGUUCAGGUCAGCUACAACAUGCAGGUCAACGUCAUGGCCUCCCACAUGCUCAAGGUAUCAGGCAGUGCUACUGGCGAGGUGUCUGACCUGGCCCUGGGGCAGAAUGGCAUGGACUACAUGGGGCUGCUGGAACAGAGAGCCAAGCAGCUGGUGACCCAGGCUGAGCAAGACCAGCCCCCAAGAGCCCAGAGCAAGAUCUUGUUUGUGAGGAGCUAUGGUGACUAUGAGGAGUUGGUCGAGAUGGGCAAGCAGGGCAACCCUGAGGAGAUCCAGCUAGGUGAAGAUGAAGAGAUGGACCUGGAGCCCAGUGAGGUGCCGCUGCAGCAGCAGAGUGUCCCAGUGGCCAUGUUCAGGAGGCUGAAGGAAAACUACACCACAAAUCUGCGCGCCCUGUUCAGGCCCCAAGAGCCGCCAUCCUUCCUGUCCCCGUCCCCGCCAUCGCCCCGCUGGGCCCUUGCACUGCCUGGCCUGUGGCUCCUGUACGUGGCGGCGUCUCUGGCGCUCAGCCUGGCGCUCAGCACAUCGUGGCGCGUCUGGGAGCUCCACAGCCAUAAGGUGCCUGUCAUCUCCUUCGGCCUCUGGGAGGCCGUGUACUGGCUCCGGGUGCCCGUGGGUGUUGCCGCGGGCAACAACUCCAUCAAUAACAUCACGACAGGAAAUGAGUCCAGCAGUGUGGACAGCACGGCCAUGGAGGCCAUGGAGGGCGUUGCCGUGGGCAACAUACCUGGUAGUGACAUCACAACAGGAAACACAUCCCGUGGUGUGGACCGCAUGGCACAGGCUCUCACGGCGGCCCCAGCCCCAGCGACUCCGGCCCUGACAACCACAGCCCGGCCUGUCCCCGUGCCUACAACCUACGUGGCCCUGCACUCGCCCCUGGAGCGCUCGGGGUGGACGGUGCCGGCCGAGCUGGCGCUGGGCCGCGAACUGGUGGUGCUGGGCUGCACGCUGCACGCUGCCGGCCUGGCCUUCCACACAGCUGCGCUCGCUGUCGCUUGGGCUGCGCGCCCUCGUCGCCCCGGCGACCACCCACCCCUGAGACAAGAUCGGCAUACGCUCGGCAACGGCUCAUCCCGGCAACAAAAUCAUCGCCUUGGCAACGGCUCACCCAGGCAACCAUAUGAUCACCUUGGCAACCACUCACCUCAGCAACCACAGGAUCCCCUUGGCAACUGUCCUCGGUGUCCCCAAGCCAACGACCCGCCCCGCCACCCCCAGCGCGCCCGGCCCCACACGUUCCCGGGCUUCGUGCGCCUGUACCGCGCGCUGGGCGCUGCGUGCGUGGUGGGGGGCGCGGCGUGCGUGGCGAGCGCGGUGACAUGGAACGCGCACGCCGACCUGACGGGCCGCACGACGCUGCGCCCACCGCCCGGCUUCCCCGCGUGUCUCCCCCCAGCCUGUCCGCUGCGCCACGUGCGCUUCACCCAUGUCCUCCCGCUAGGCCUCGCCGUGGCCACCGCCGACCUCGCUGCCAUCGCCGCUAUGGUUAGUGAUGAUCUGUUCUUGGUGAUGGAUUGGUCUUCACGUCAGUUUGAUCGGUUAUCAUUUAUUGACGAUCGGUUCUUGGUGACUGAUAGGCCUUUACGUCGGUUUGAUCAGUUAUCGGUUAUUGAUCAUUGGUUCCAGCCUUUCCCCAUUCGAUCUGACGCUGCAACAAUCGGCAAUGAUCAAUCAAGCUCUGGCCCCGCGUAG